UUGACGCAAAGUCACCAACGGCGAACCAAUGGCGGUGAACCAAUACCCACACCGUUAUUACAAAUUAACUCUCACGUAAUGCCAGAACUGUCAACAUCGUUUCCUAAUACAAGUGAUUUGGACGAUCACGUAGAUGCGAUAGCUAAGAACGCAGACGAUCUUGGUGAUUGGCUCUAUAAUCAAUUUUAUAAAACAAUAGAAAGUCAAGUUAUCAACAAUACCAACGGAAAUACAUUAACAAGACGAAGUGGUACGGUUUCCUUAAAGGAAAAUGUUAAGAAAAAGAGACGAAAAAACCAAAACAAAGGGACUCUAAAAAAAAGCGAAAAAAAAGAGGACUUGAGAAGGAAGUUACUUCGGAUUACAGAAGAUGAUAGUCUCUUCGAUUCAGGCACAGAUACUGAUAGCUCUGACCCUUCCAGCAGUGAUGAAACGCAUGAAAGCAGAGAUCAAGAACACGGACACAAGAAGUUUGUCAUAAUUAACAAGAAACCAAAAGCACCACUGCCUUCUUUUAUAUUUUUACCAAAUUUAGAAACGCCUUUCUAUCCCCCUCCAGCUCUACCUAUGUACCCCAUGGUACCUGUGCCACCGGUACUACCAUCUUUUCCUUUCCCAAAAAUAUCUCCAGAUUGUAACGAAACGGAAACCACGAAAAAUAUCAUUAUUACAUCUUCGUCAACUACAUUAACUUCUCAAGCAACAGUCCCUGUUCAAACAGUCACAACAGAACCAUCCAAAAAGACAACAUCUACACCUGAAUCCAUAACAGAAACAACAAAGUCAGUGAGUAUGGAAUCAACAACUGUGCCAGAAUCUGAAGACAAAUUAUUGCGUUUUAAAAAAAAGAAAAAGAAGCAUAUGCGUAGUGGCGGAAGCGAUGUACUUCGACGAUUACAAGAACUAGUAAGGAAUUCGACAUUUAAAAAGAAAGAACAAAAAGCAGAAUCUCCCAAUGUCUUAGAUCGGGAAACAGUGGAAACUAGUGAUAUGUUUCCUGAUGAAGCUCUAAAAGGCGAAGAUUUCCAACUAAGAACUAACGAUGAAACUCCUUUGAAACAAGAAAAUACUGUCGACUUUAAAUAUUUGUCACAAUUAAUUCAUCGAAUAAACCUUAAUGAGACGGAAAAUCCAUUGGAGCCAAUGUCUAAUCCAAAUAUCAGAAAUCGACUCCUUGCUGAUUUCUAUAAGAAAAAUGGUAUUACAAAUGUUCCUAAUAAACCUUUCCAGCCUAGUAGAAGAAUGAACAUUCAAAUGUAUCCACAAAGACAAAAAACAUUAGACAAUUCUUUUUAUGCUAAACUGGGUAGACAAAUAGCAACACUUAUAAGAGGUGUUAAUUCCAAAAAUGAUAGACAAAUUAAUAUUGAAAUUGAGCAAAUGGAUCAAAAUACACCAAGUCAUCCAAUAUUUAGUGAGCUUAGCUAUGCACCACAUUCGUACUGGGAACGAUUCGUUAGGUCACCAAUGCAUUACCUACAGCAAUACCAAAAUAAAAAGGAAUACCACGAAAGGAGUAACGAAAUACUUUAUAAUAUUGAAAAUAAGGUUGAAAUUGCUGCGUCCACAAUGUUGCCAAUGAGUUUAUCGGAAAUUGAAAAUGUUAUCAACAUAAUGGAAGGAGCACAAGAUGAAAUCCAAAAAAGCUAUGAAAUUCCCCAUAAUACUCCAACUAAUAACACGCUUGACAUUAAUUUGUGGCCCCAAGAAUUAGUGACAAAUAAUACUCGUACAAAUUCCGCUGAGCCUUUUAUAAAAAAGAUCCAAAAAUACUUUAAUUAUACAAAGAAAUAUACCGCAGAAAAAAAAGUGCAUUCCAAUACAAGUGGUGUACUUCUGCAGAACAUUCACAAUUUUACUACUUGGCUUGGUACAGAACAAGUUAACAAUAUUCCCAGCAACAAAAUACAUAACUCAAAGUUAAGCAGCAAAAGUCGCGACGAAAACAAAAAAAAAUGUCUAACUAAAAAUGAUGUACCAAUCUCUAACGUUAAGCAACUUAAUAAUCCACCUAACGAUUUCGUCCAAAGAAGAAAAUACAAAACGGCACCUAUCAGAAGCACAAGUGUACAACAUCAAGCACUUUCGCCGAUAUUUGAUUACAAGAAAAAACGUUUUCUCAACAUAAACAGUCAAUACCCAUUAUAUAAUCUUUUAGAAUAUCAAUUUCCUACCGUCCCAAAGCCUAUCAAAAAACCGCCUUCGAGAACUGUUCGCCCUUCAUAG